GCCCCAUUGCGAGGAAUGUUUCAAUUCCAAUAGAAUACAUUUUCCAAUCGCUUUUCCGGCGAAGUAGAGACGAUAAAUCGGCGACGGAGUAGAAAGGAAUGACGGAAACGGAGAACACAAUUUCCACCGGAAAAGAGAGAAACUCCGCCGAUCACUGCCGUAUCAGCAAUAGUAUAAGUGUGAAUAAUCCGGCGGAAGCCGGAGAUGAAGGCAAAAAGGAAAGUUCAUCAUCUUCAUCCUCAUUGAAGAAGCAAGGAAAAUCAUGCAAAGGAUGUCUAUAUUAUUCGUCUACUUAUAAAUCUAAUUCGCGAAAUCCUCUAUGCCUCGGACUUUGCCGUUCUCUUCCUCAAGUACCUCAAUAUAUUGUUGGGAAAUCUGAGAUGCAAGCUUCUAAGGAGGGUGGGAACCUUACAGAUUUUAGAUAUGCUUGCAUUGGUUACUCCGUUUACCUGGAUCAGAAAACUCGGUCAGCUGAUGGGCAAGGGGUUCAAACAGAAUUGCCGGUCUGUGCUGGCCUUGAGGUCUUGGUGGAUAGAAAGGUUAGUUCAGCUGAGGCAGCUCCUGGCCAUGCUCGUAAGAGAGAAGACGGUCAUGGAGUAUCGCAGCCUGGAUCACAUAAACCAACUCACUCAACUGGUAAUGAGUUUCUCACCAGGUUCACCAGGAACGCAAAUUUGGUUGCGUUGGGGGUUGCCAAGAACUUGCAGAAAGUGGGAAACCGAAUAAAAGAAGGUGUUGAUGACAUUUUCUAUCGACGACCAAAAUAGAACUCUGACGUGGAGUUAGAAACAGGUAAAGAUCACAUGGCUGAAAGUAGCUCCGUCAAAUAAUAUAUAGAGUAGCUUCUUUUGUUGCCCUCGUCAUUUUGAUAUCUGAAAUACGCGAUCUUAGCUGGUAAUGGGGAAAUUGUAACGUGUGUAUGAAAUCCGUAUUGAUAUUUGUUCUGUCAAUUAAAAUUCAUAGCUACAGAGGCAUAUAUAUG